AUCCAGUGGUUACAGCAUUCGAGUGCCAACACUUCGAGACGCACUAACUCCUUAGUCAGGAUAUAAAACUUAAAACUUAAAACUCAAAAAGCCCAAAACUCACAGGAUGAAGGUGUUCAUUGUACUCUGCGCUUUGGUGGCCUGUGUUUCGGCCGGAGUGGUGCGAUCCUCCGGCUGGGGAUCGAGUCCUUGGGGCGGCAGCAGCGGAGGAUGGAACAGUGGCUGGACGACUGUCCAGCAGCCUCAGAUCGUCAAGGUGAUCAAGCUGGGAGGAGGAGGAGGCGGCAGCGGCAUCUGGGGAGGUGGUAACUCCGGAUGGGGAGGCAGCAACUCUGGAUGGGGUGGAAACUCUGGAUGGGGAGGCAGCAACUCCGGAUGGGGAGGUAGCAACUCCGGAUGGGGCGGAAACUCCGGCUGGAGCAGCGGCAACUCAGGAUGGAACAAUGGCUGGUCCAGCUCUGGCUCCAGUGGAUGGUGGUAAAGGAUCAGGAUACGUCACCAUCUCUAGGAGACCAAAUCCAAGUGGAAGUCCCAAUCCCAACCUAUAAUCCCAAUCCCUAUCCCCCCGAUCCCCCUCUCUGCACCUGGUUCACAAUUCACGAUUUUGUAACAUAGAUCUUAAGUACCUUUUUUUUGAGUAACAAAUAAAUAAAUGUACGAAUCCAA